ACGCAACCAUUUUAACCUCAUCGUCCUUUCUCACACUCACAAAUCACAAUAUAUAAACCCUUUCACUUCCUAUAACGGACCAUGCCCACAACAAUGCAGACACCACUCAAGAGAACCCUUCCAAUCGCCAACCGCGCCUUCUUUUCCUCCCUCGCUCCCGCCGCCGAUAUCAUCGCGCCGCCGCCGCAGCUUCCGCCGUUCGAUCACCAGCCUCGCCCCUAUAACGGACCUUCCACCGAUGAAGUCCUCGCCAAGCGCAAAACCUUCCUCGCUCCUUCUCUUCUGCAUUACUAUCAGAAACCUGUGAACAUUGUGGAGGGGAAGAUGCAAUAUCUUUUUGAUGAGAGUGGGAGGCGUUACCUUGAUGCAUUUGCGGGGAUAGUUACUGUUUCUUGCGGACAUUGCCAUCCUCAAGUUUUGGAUGCUAUCAUAGAGCAGAGUAAACUUCUGCAGCAUACUACAACCAUAUAUCUAAACCAUGCAAUAGCUGACUAUGCUGAGGCUUUGGCAUCAAAAAUGCCUGGAAACCUUAAGGUUGUUUAUUUUUUAAAUUCUGGUUCAGAAGCAAAUGAAUUAGCAAUGUUGAUGGCCCGUUUAUAUACUGGUAAUCUUGGUAUGAUUUCUUUGAGAAAUGCAUAUCAUGGGGGGAGUUCUGGUGCGCUUGGCCUCACUGCUGUGAACACGUGGAAAUACCCAAUUCCAGAGGGCAAUGUUCAUCACGUUAUGAAUCCAGAUCCAUAUCGUGGAGUCUUCGGUGCAGAUGCUCUUAGUUAUGCGAAAGAUGUCGAAGAUCAUAUUGACUAUGGAACUUCAGGAAAAGUUGCCGGAUUCAUAGCUGAAACAAUUCAGGGAGUUGGAGGAGCAGUUGAACUGGCACCUGGGUACUUAAAACUUGUUUAUGACAUUGUACAUAAGGCUGGUGGUGUCUGCAUCUCUGAUGAAGUGCAAACUGGGUUUGGUCGAACAGGAAGCCACUAUUGGGGAUUUGAGACACAGGGUGUCAUUCCUGAUAUUGUUACCAUGGCAAAGGGUAUUGGAAAUGGUUUGCCAUUAGGAGCUGUAGUUACAACUCCAGAAAUAGCAAGUGUGAUGACCCAGAAGCUUCAAUUAAAUACGUUUGGUGGGAACCCUGUUUGUUCUGCUGGGGGACUUGCAGUGCUAAGGGUUCUUGAUAAGGAGAAGCGUCAAGCUCAUUGUGCUCAUGUUGGUUCUCACUUGCUUGACCGUUUGAGAUCACUUAUGCAAAGACAUGAUAUCAUAGGAAAUGUGAGGGGAAGAGGCUUAAUGGUGGGGGUAGAGUUGGUUACUGAUCGAAAAGAGAAGACACCUGCAAAGGCUGAAACUGCUGUUUUGUUCGAAAAACUUAGAGAGCUUGGUGUUCUAGUUGGAAAAGGAGGACUGCAUGGAAAUGUUUUCAGGAUUAAGCCACCAAUGUGUUUCACCGAAGACGAUGCAGAUUUUCUUGUGGAUGCAUUGGACUAUGCUAUAACGAAGUUGUGAGAUGAUUGUACAUCUAGCUGACAUGAAAUGAAAUGUUCCAUAAGGGAGCCAACUUGUUACAUGGCAACAGCAUAAGGUUAAUUCAAAGAAAUUACCAUGAAUAAUGUAAUGUUACAGUCUUUCUUCUCAUAGAUGAAUAUAUAACUUUGCAUUUCAUGA